UCAAAAAAAGAUAGAACCGUAAUUGCAAUUAAAUUGUAAGAUCAUAGGGAUUCCUCACCUGAGCUAUUCUUUGUGUGCUUGCACACGUCAUUUCUUUGUCAUUAUAAACUCCACUGUCUACAUAUCGAACACAUUCAGUAUUCAGGAGGCUCGUGUAGACGGAACGACAGAGAGGGGAGCGGGAUUUAAACUCACGACAGAUUUUCUAUAAUUUCUUAAUAAACUAUAAUGAGCAGUCGCUAUGUUGGCGGUUUUGAGGACGACGAUUCCUUGCGUUUAGGUCCAUCUAAAGGUUCAAGGAACCGAUCAGAAUUUGAGGCAAGAGGCUCGAAUCGGGGUAACGGAACCUGGGUACAACUGAAGGAUUUCCAUUGUCCGGCCGAAAGAUGCCCCUCCAGAGAACCCUUGACCUGGGUUUGCAAAAAAGAUGAAGACUUUGUCUUCAUCAACGAAAAAGGGAAGAUAAAAUGCGAGACGGGAAAACAUGAAGCGGACGUAUGCCAGUGGGGCUGGAACUGUGGUAACGACUAUCACAAGGGCGAGUAUAUCCGAGCCGACUAUGAGGGAUUUACGUUCGCCAUGUCACAGGCCGUGCAACUCACGGACAAGAUGGGCACCCAGUGGGUGACCGCCCUCCUCCAGGAGCUGGGGAAGCAAUACAACCAAUGAUCAAUCAGCAAACCCGUGUGCAUACAUCCGUGUCAUAUACUAAGAAGGGAUGACGUUCACACGCACACGUUCACCAUGAUUAUGUUGUAUUAGAUAAGUAGAACAACAGCCUGUAGUUGUUGAGCAGUUUGUUAAACAUAAUUUCCACAUUUAAAGGAUGUAUAUAUGUGUCAAAAAUAAAUCUAACCUGAUUAAGUUUUAUAUUUAUUCUAAAUUAAAUUUUAAACUGUAAAAUUAUACUAUAAAUAGUAAACGUUUGUUCAAUAGAUUAAUUUUCCAGCAAUUACUUAGGAUAUGUAUAAUACUUACCGAUUUCUACUCUAAUAUGUCUUAUAGCAUGAUACAAAACAAUCAGGACUUAUUGGUUGAUCUUAUUUGUGUAUUUUUAUCUCGUCUGUUUCAAAUGCUGAAUAUUUUAUACACAUGAGUAUCGCUUGGCUGUAUGUGUUCGAUGUCUGUGAUAAUAGAACGUAUCGUUGAUCUUGCAUUACAUGUAUGUAAGCAAAAUGUUUACAUUUAUGAAUAUUGUUCUCAAAGUUUAAAAUGUCUUUUUGUAGUUGUAUGUUUAUUAUUUAUUUAAUUAAAUAAAAUGUUUAUACCAAC